CAUAUGUGGUGAGCAUGGCUUCCACUAAAAACAAAAUUGAUUCAGGAGAACGCUCAAGUGCGCCAAAGGAUACAACCAAAACUGACAGUGUGCCUCCUACCGGGACGCCGAAAUUAAUUGGGGGAGUGUUCCUGGCUACGGUGGCAGGUCUGUCCAUACUGGGCGGUUUCGGGAUGACGGUUGCCAUGGCAAAGAAGAAAGAUCCCAACAUGUUCAAUAAAGGCAUGAUAGCAACUCGUGAGUUGCCGGAGAGUGGAAGCUCGCUGGCUGCCAGGGCGCUGGCAUGGGGGAGCUUCUACUCCAUGAUGGGUGUGGGUCUGUUCUCCUUCACUGUCUGGAAGCUCAUGGGGGUACACAAUAUGAAAGAAUUCACAGCCAAGAUGCAGUCAAUAAUGCCUAAAAUUCCAAAGAAAGAAAGUCAAGGUCGCACUGAAUUCAGUUCCAUAAGGGAACUAUUUGAAUAUCUCAUUGAUGAAGAUAAGAAGUCCGACAAGAAAUCCUAGCACUCUACCAUGGUGAACAUUAUGGAGAGAGGAACAUAAUGAACAGACAGGCACCCAUUAGAGGGGUCACACAGCCUGGACCAACUCUGGUCACCUUUCAUAGGAUCGUGAUCCAGCCAAGUGAUCCAUCCUGCACAACAAUGUGAUCCAUCAUGUGAUCCAGCCUUGGGAUUCAUGAAUCCAUGGGAUAAGGCAGUGUGAUCCAAGCGAUAAGGAAAGAUUUAGAUUGCCAGAGAACAGAGGAUGUGGCUUGUUGCCUCGGUGUCUCUUCAGGAGUCUAUGUUAUGAAGAAAUGUUGUGCCACCUUAGAACACUGACUUGCGCACAGCUAUAUGUGAGGGCAUAUGUGGAGAUAACAUUCUCGAAAAUUUCUCUCUCUCACUCACUCAUUGCAUUAACUCCAAACCUUAGAGGGAUCUUUCACAUCCUAAAGUCUAUAAUUUAUUUCAGCAUUGGCAAAUUGUUUGAUACUUUGAACAAAUAGAUACAGUGUCGUGGUCACUGUAGUCAGCAACAUUCCGACGAUAACAUCAUGUCAAAUCUUAACUCUGGGUCGGCGAACACAGUGGAUGUUACCCGAAAAGGGAUCCAUGCUGUCAAGAUUUGUUGACACAAUCGUCCAGGUGACAUGUUGUAACAACCUGGUCUUUAUACACACUUGUGAAGGGUUAGAAUUGGUCUUCAGCAACCCAUGCUUGUGAUAAGAGGCAACUAAUCUGAUUGGGUGACUUGGUUUACACAUGUCGUUGUAUCCCAGUUGCAUAGAUUGAUGCUCAUGUUGUCAAUCACUGGAUUGUCUGGUUCAGACUCUACAGACUGAUGUGGUAGAGCUGAUAUACUGAGUGCAGUGAAUUUAUACAAAUAUAUUUAGUUCAGUGAGUAAAAAAUAUGAAAAUACAAGAUUUCCUAAAAAUGUUAUUCAUGUGGGAGGAAAAAUGGAGCAUGGGGAAUACUAGCAGAAACAAAUGUAGACUUACCUCCUUCUGUCAUAGGGCUGAAUCUUCCAAUCUAUUUUAUAAUUUGUUUUGAAGCUUUUGAGAUACAUUUUCAACAGGUUUAAUAUGUCUCUAUUGAUAGCAACAGAAAAUGAGUUUAAAUAUUUUUUAUUUAUUCAUGUUGACAGAUAUGUUUUGUUAGUGCAUAGUGUCACAUACAUGUGUGCAGUGCCUGAGUAUAGAUUGCUGGGAUGGACGUCCACAUAGUGCAAAAUGUGAUAUGGAAAAUGUGAUGUAUCUGAAACAGCCUGGAGUUGACAUGUGAACUGUGAUUACAUCACUUUAAUUCUAGUUAUUGAAAUAAACUAAUUUUGUACA